GGCGACACGACCAACGAUAACGACGACACCUCUUUCGACAGGUACAUCGAGGAGAAGGCAGUUCAAGCCCUGGACAUGCUGGCAGGCCUGAUAAUGCCUGAGCACCUCUUGUCCGAGGCUGGCGAUGUGGAGGGCAACCUGCAAGGUGUUCUUGCGGCAGCUAAAGCCGGGGAUCGCAAGAAGGCAGUUCUGGAGCUCAUCGGAUCUGCUUACCACCUCGUCGACCUGGCGCAAGCUUGCCUGCCGACCUUCGGCGGCGCACCACCACCGUUCGUGAUCAAAGUUCGCGCCGCCUCGCCAGCACCCGAAGGAAGCCCAUCCAUCGUGCUCAAGGAUGGAUCGGUCCUGUGGUUCGACUUCGGGGCUGAGCAGGAUGAUACUGAAGCCAUGAAGCGGGCCGUGAACAUUCCCAUCGUGCUCGCGUUGGGAAUCACCACGUACCUCGCUACCUAUCACUCGCUCGAGUGAUCGGUAUGCGUCUGCGCGCAUGCACUACCACUUACUUACCAACCACUAGGCUAUCCUUUUCAUUAAUGUCUCAAGUAGUAGUAGUAGUGUUGGAUCUGCUAGUAGUACCUGCAGUCCGGGAGUAUUUGCGUUGGAUGUAAUGUGAUCUAUCAGAGUAGCGUUGGAAGUUAUCAGCUGUGGUGAUCUGUUGGCUUUAAUGGAUGUUAUUAGCGUUGGCCAUCUUAA